GCUUGUAGAGAGUCGAUGGUUUGUAGAUCUGCGCUUUGCGUCACAGAAACGCACUCAUUCAAACGCACGCGUCGCGAUCAUCACAACAGCGUGACACCCGGAAGGUUCAAACGCGCGGCCAGCAGCUCAGCAUGAAUCGCUUCAAGACGUCCAAAUAUAAGAACACCACUCCCAAAAUCCCCAAGAAAGAUGGCUGGAUUGCAAACGUGCGAGGAGGUUCCUUCUCUUCUCAGGGCAAGCACAUCAAGUCCAGCUGCAGCCUCGUGGCCUUCAACACAGAUCAGGCUGGAGGUGGGAUGGUUGGUCUGUCUUCUGUGAACGCCGCUUCUGACGGGAAGUGGAUCGUGACCCAGAUUUCAUGCCAUGCUGACCUCGUGACCGACCUGGACUUCUCGCCGUUUGACGACUAUCUGCUGGCGACCUGCUCGACUGAUGAGACGGUGAAGCUGUGGCGCGUGUGUGAUCUGGAUCAGGAUCAGCCCAGUAACGCCGAGGUCACUCUGAGCGCCGCAGACGGGCGUCUGGAGAUCGUCCUCUUCCACCCCGUGGCCUCAGGGCUGCUCACCGUGGCGUCUGCGAGGGGCGUUCAGGUGUGGGACGUCACACGGGACGCCGCCCUGACAGGUAAACACACACCUUCUGCGUUCAUACCUACAACCAUCACUGCCUUAAACACCAGAUUUAGUCUC